AUGAGCAGUGCUUAAGAUAUGCGAAGACAACCAGGCUAAGACAAGGCCAUGAAGAAAGCCCCAGCUAAUUUUGAAGAGGAUGAUGAUAACAUUGGGGAUGUAGAGGAAAAUGCCAUGAAUAGAGGAGGCAGAGGUGGCAACACUGGAAACUAUCAAACCGCAGAUACCUAAAACAGAGGAAUGCAAAUCGAUCAAAGAGGAACUCAACGUAAAAGAAGACCCAGCUCAGGCAAGAGAAAAAGAUCAGCUGGUAAAAAGGGAAAUCAAAUGGCAAACAAGAGUUACGCAUCUAGUGAAAUAGGCGGUGAUGAAUCCCAUCACCAUUAGGAUCCAGAGAAUUCAAAGGACUUUAACUCUGCAUACCAAAAGUUAGUUGAGAAAAUUUAUCAGGAAUAAGGCAACACUUUACUCAUUUCACAAGAUGAAGUUUUCAAAUUGGAACAUAGUAAAAACUUGAGUCUAGACGAUUUCCGUGCCAGACAAGAGGAGUACAUGAGUUAGAAGCAAAGAAAACUGGAUGAGAAAUUAGACUAAGUAAAGGACAAAGACUUAGAGGGCUGUACCUUCGCUCCUUAGCUAGUCACUUCACAAGACACUAGCCAAAGAAGAAAUCUUGAUUAAUUCUUAUAAGACCAGUAAAAAUUCAUAGAAAAAGUAAAUAAGAAAGUCCACGAUAUCAAAGAGUCUACUGUGCACGAAGAGAUCUCAAUCAUGCACCCAACAAUAGAUGAGACUUCCAAAAGAAUCGUCGAAGAAAAAUUCGCUGAUCGUAAGUCAAAGGCAACACAUGAAAGACUUUACGAUUUAAACAAGGAAAGGCAGUUAAAAUUGAAAAUAAAGCAGGACGAGGAAAGAGAUAAAUUCAAGCUUCAGAGUGUAGAGCAUAUGAACAGCGUUCAAUCUACCUCUAGAAGGGAAAGAGACAAGCCCCUAGAUCAGACACUCUAUGAGGAUGCUGAGAGAAGAAGAAACGAUCAUGUUAAACUUAAGCAAGAAGCUGAUAGGAUGAGAGAUAAGCCUAAACAAGAAAGAUUCCAUAACGAAAAUAGCGAUAAAUAUGUCAUUAAUAGAUUCUAUAGAGAAAUUGAUCUCAUUGAGCAAGAUUAUUAAUUACAAGCAUAAAAUAGACCACCUAUUACUGAUGAAGAAGAAGAUGGAGAGGGAGGCAUUAACUUCCACAAGCUAAUCUAGAUUUUGCACAUGCUAGGAUUCUUGCCAAAUACUGAGCAGGCACAUGCUAUCGAUCAAUAGCUAUGCCAAGAUCUUUGGGCUCUAGUAAGAGGCGAUUCUAGAAAUGGCGUUACCUUCGAUACACUUAGAGUCGUUUUUCUGAACUUUAUUGGUGUAAAGACUCUAGACAGAGAGGGAGAUGCCCCUGAGGAAGAGAAUGAAAAUAAUGGGGAAGAAGCAGCUGAUAGACCUAAUGAAGAAAUAACUAAGUUAGGAUUUUUCCAGGAAGGCUAAUUCUUUUUGAGAAGGGGAGUUCACCAAACGUUGUUCACUCAUUUCAAGAAUUUCUAUAUCCAUAGAGUCUAAUUUGUAGGCAGUGUUUAAAGAAGACCAACCACCUACUAACCAAUUAGUGAGUAAAACGCUGAAAAGAAGCCAUACAUUUCAAAUAAAUCAUCAAAAAUGGCUGAUAACAAAAGAAAGAAGUUACUAGGAGACAGAGAAAAUGUCAACCUUGUUGAGAUUUUACUAAUUCCCAAGCAUAAUGAAUCAUAUCUCGAGGAGCAAAGAAAGCAACUCAAGGAUAGAGAGGUUGAAGGCUGCACUUUUGCACCAAAAACUCUCGACUAUCAAAUGACUUCGCAAAGAGAAACACACGGAGACAAGUGCAUUGAUCUCUACUCAUCUAAGCCAAGGGGAUGGUUCAAGGAAAAAGAAUUUAAAACAGCUGAGGCUUAUGACUUUGAAAAGAGUAAGGAGGUUUGCACCUUCAGACCACAAAUCAAUGAUCCAUCUGCUCUUGCCAGUCUGAAUGAUGAUCAAAAUAUUGAUUAAAUUAGAGGAGUCGACAAGGUCUUCGAUAGAAUGACCAAGGCAAGACAAGAUAAGAUGUAGAAAAAGCUUAUGACAGAGAGAGGUAUGCCCAAUCAAUUGAUUGCCGCUCUUGGAAAGCCAGAGCCUUCAAUGAGCUUCUCUUCAAAUAAGAGCAAGUUCAAGUCUGCAUUCGGAGUUGAUGGAUCUCAAAUAUAACCUAAAAAGAGAAACCUCAAUGAAUCUCAGAGAAUUGAAAGAAGCUAAAUGAGUAAUAGACCAAUAGCAUAACCAAAGAGAAAUCCACCUCCUAGACAGCAACAAAUCGAGUAGCCUAAACCCUAAGUCCAAUAAAAGAAGCCUCAGACUUCUCAACAACAAAGAAAUAAUCCACAGUACUCAAACGAAGAGCCUGUUAAUAUCAAGGGUUAAAACUAGCAAGAUAGAUACCAAUACGAAGAAGAAGAUCAGCCUUAAUAUGAAAGAGAAGGUAUGAACGAAACUGAUUAUGACGGUCAACAAUACUAGAAUGAUGACAGUGAUCAGCAAAGUCCAGUAAAAAGUUAAAAUGACAGAGAGCCGAUGCUUUACGUCGAUGUAAACCUUGGAAACAGUGGAACCUAAAGAAUUGUAGUUUUUGAAGGAGACACAGCUGAAGGUCUCGCUGAGAAGUUCUCAGUUGAAUAUAACCUUGAUGCUUCUAUGAAAGAAAAACUUACAUAGAUGCUUCAAACUCAAAUUGCAGGAGUUUUGGAAAAGAUUGAUGAGGAGCAAGUCUCAAACAAUUCUGAUCAGCCUAACCAAGAUUGA